AUGCCAUACACCAAAGGCACAUGGGAUACCGGCGAGCAAAUCCGUGAGCACAAGCUCGCCUACUCGAUCAUCAACCUCCACGGCACGGAGGACGCGGUGUUUGACGAGCGCAACCUGGACCUCCUCAAGCGUUUCACGGACAAUGUGUCCACGACCACCCGAGACGAGAUCCUCGCGGACUACGGCUGGGUCGACCGUCCCGACGAUCGGCCAGGCCAGAAAGCCGUCACCAAGAGUGGAAGUCUGGUGGGCAUGUUGAUCGCUCGCUAUGGGACCCGCGAACCCGCACUGGAUGAGCACGACUGGAAGCUCUUGGCCGGGUGGAUGGGUCAGGGGAUGCCCGUCGGCCAGCACGUACAGCGUUGA